CCAUCAUCUUUUCUGUUUGAUAGCAUGUCACCAUCUACAACUACAACAACCACAACAACUCGUCGUCUGCUUCGGGGUGAGAUUACCUACUCUGCAGCCAAAGAACUUGAAACCAAUAUACUGCACUCCCAUUUUCUUGAAACUGUGGUCGCACACCAUCUCAAUUUGGUUCCGACGAGCUGCCGCAUCGCCGAACCAAGCGAAUGGCUUUCUGGGUCGUUCAAUGUUUGCAUCCCAAUCUAUGUUGAAGACAAUCGGCGGCGCCCCAGCUUUCUACUUCGUUUUCCGCUGCCACACAGGGUUGGAGAGAACGUCAACCCAGGGAACGCUGAUGAGAAAAUUCUAUGUGAAGUUGGUACUUACACCUGGCUCCAGCAUGAUUGCCCAGAAGUCCCCAUUCCGCAACUACAUGGAUACGGGUUAUCAACGGGCCAGAAGUUUACUGCUCUCGAAAAUCUGCCUUUCUCGACUCGUUCAGUCGAAGUCCUCCGCCGUCAUAUUUUAAGAUUUCUAGGAUUCCCAGUCCCAUCUAAAUAUGUGGCUCACAGCAACAAAUCGAGAGACCUCUUAGGGGUCGGAUAUCUCUUAAUUGACUACAUUGAUAUGUCAAGGGGUAGGAUGCUGUCUGCGUCGUGGGAUCAAGGACGGCAUAAUCCUAGGUUGCGGAUGAACCUCUUCCGCAGCUUGUCUGAUAUCAUGUUGGCCAUGACACGUACUCCUCUACCCGGAAUUGGUUCUUUCAUCGUGGAUGAAAAGGGCUAUCUAAGGCUCAGGAACAGACCUCUUACUCUUGAGAUUCAGGACCUGGAGAAUCAGCACGUUCCGGUCGAUAUCCCGCGCGAAUUUACACAUAACACCGUUGACUCCUAUGUCAGUGACAUUCUUGCCUUUCAUGAGAGUCGCCUCCAUCAUCAACUGAAUGCAGUCAAUGACUUUCAAGACGCCUUGUUCCAGAUGGCUGGUCUCACCGUGAUGAGAGCUGUUCGAAACUUAUUCUUCCGUCCCGAUCUCCGCCGAGGCCCGUUUUAUAUGAGCUUGACGGAUCUCCAUCAAAGCAAUAUCUUUGUCGAUGAUGACUGGAAUAUCACAAACCUAGUUGAUCUUGAAUGGGCUUGUUCUCGUCCAGCAGAAAUGAUCCAUCCGCCGUAUUGGUUGUCCAACCAAUCUGUCGAUGGGAUUGAUUCUGACGCAUACGAGAGCCUGCACAGCGAAUUCAUGCAGGCUUUUGCGGAGCAAAUAUCGAAGCGCUCCUGGCAAGAUGGAGACCAGUCUUAUUCUAUACUCCAAGAAGGCUGGACCAAAGGCACAUUCUGGUAUGCUCUUGCACUCGAUAGCCCCACUGGGCUUUUUCGGAUCUUUUACGACCAUAUUCAGCCACGAUUCUCGAAGGAUCAUAUAAAUGAUGCAGCAUUUUUCAAGAUUACUAUAAAAUACUGGGCAUUCAAUGCAACUAGGUUCAUUCAGAAAAGGGUGAAAGAUAAAGAGGAAUACGAUCGGCUUUUACUCGAAGCUUUUGAACAGGCUUCACCGAACCCGACACCUACGCAUAAGUGA